CCCCAGCGCGCAUUUGUCUGUACUGAUGGUAUCGGAAGUGGAAGCGGUGGCGGAACCGGAAGUGGCGGCCGAGUUGUGGUGCUGGCGCCAUCAUGGUGGGCAGAGGGUCCUCCCGCGUACCGGAGCGGUGGACAGACUACAUCCCGCUGGGCAGGAGGAUACCGGGCACCCGCUUCAUUGCCUUCAAGGUCCCCCUGAAGGAGAGCUUUGAUCUGAACCUUCAUCCAGAAGAGAGAUUUUCACCUCGUGACCUCGUUAGGAAAAUCAGGGAGCAGAAGGAAGAGCUGGGCCUGGUCAUUGACCUGACGCACACAACUCGCUACUACAGGCCAGAGGAGCUUCCGGCCACACUCUCCUACUCAAAGAUCUCAACAGUGGGACAUGAAAUUCCAAAUAGACACACCGUCUUUCAAUUCAGACGUGUUGUAAAGAAGUUUUUGAGAAACAACAAAGAUAACGAUAAACUCAUCGGAGUUCAUUGCACCCAUGGCUUAAACAGGACCGGCUACCUGGUCUGUCGGUACCUCAUCGAUGUUGAAGGCAUGGAGCCAAACACUGCCAUAGAGUUGUUCAACAGGGCCCGAGGGCAUCCCAUAGAGAGAAUCAACUAUAUCCAAGAUCUUCAGAAGAGAUCUGCCCAAAACAACUACAGACAAAGUAAUUUGGGCUCGGAUCCCUUCAGAGAAAGAGCCAGCGCUGCACCGAACCUUACAGCCAGACUACACCCACAUCGAUGGGAGCCGGCCCCCUUUGCAAUGCCCAGCAGGCGAGGUGGUUGGGCACAGGCGCAGCCCCCGGCGAUGAUGACUGAGUACAGUCUGGCAGCGAGGAACUGUUGGCUUUCAUUGCCCACUCACGAGUGGCGCAGUGGACUGUACUGUCCCCCGCAGAGCCCCCUGCUCCACCUGCCCCAGAAAGCCCCAGUGGCCCAGAAACAACGGCGCUGGCGACGGAAACCUGCUGUGAUGGUGCAGGGAGCGGUGUAGGGAACACAGCGGAGCUCGGAUUGCCCUAAAGGAACAUCCUCAGGAGCACCCCUGCAGCCUUCGCAAAAGGGCUUUUCUGUGAUUUCCUUAAUACAGAACCAAAAAUAGG